AUGUCCAUCUCCGAUUUCCGCAAGAAGAAGCUGCUGUUCCUGUUCAACGUGUUCUUCGAUGUGAACCAAAGCGGCGAAAUUGAUGUUAAGGACUUCGAGAUGGCCAUUGAGCGCGUUUGCAAACUGCGCGGUUGGGCAAAGGACACGCCAAAGAACAAGGAGACUUACGAUGUCAUGAUGGAAAUUUGGACUGGUCUCCGAUCGAAGGCUGACAAGGAUAACGAUGGCCAGGUCAGCGUUGACGAGUGGUGCAACAUGUGGGACGCAUACGCCAAGGAUCCCAGCAGCGUGAUGGACUGGCAGAACGCAUACAUGAACUUCAUGUUCGACUUGGAGGACGCUUCGCAUGACGGCGGCAUCGAUGUGACGGAGUUCACGCUGGUCUGCUCCAGCUACGGCCUGGACAAGAAGGAGUGCGAGGAGGCAUUCGCCAAGAUGGCUCAGGGCCAGACGGACGUGACCCGCGAGCAGUUCGCUGCCUUGUGGAAGGAGUACUUUGCCGCCGAGGACGUCAACGCGCCCGGCAAUUUCAUCUUUGGCAAGACCUCGUUCUAACUGCUGUUCGGAAAUGCCUGACCGAUUAUGUCUUUAUCACUGAUGCCGCGACCGACUUGUGGAUUAUCCAAAUUACAACAGUUAUUCUAUAAUUUAAAGCUUAAUCAACAGGCAGCUGCAAAUUCCAUUUCGAUUUCGACUAUUUGUAGCCAAGUUAGCAGUUAGCAGCCCUUCAAGCUCUGACGUUCUUUAUUAAAUGUUGUUGUCAACUGUAAACUCA